AAAAACUUAAUACUAUGUGUUCUGUUAACUUCUGAUAUGGAUACUCUAUUCAAGGACUUUGAUCAAUAGGAACAAGAAAUUGCGAGCCUCUGAAACCUAGUAGUGUACAUCAUGACGUCACCUGGCCCCUGCCCGGGUGACGUAGGCCGACGUCAGAAGCGCAUGGGACCCGCCCCUUUCGCCUCCUUCGAGGACCUCUCUGACGAGCUGGAGAGUCCCGAAGAAAAGUCCGUUCCAGGGUCGGUGGUGAGACUGCCAGGCAUUCGGGAGGAUGCGACACCCACGACCCCCUCCAUCGUGGAAAGGGCACCGUCGCCAGCGUACCCCGUCAGAGGAAUAAGCCUGAUAGGGGUCAUCAACAAGUGUCCCUCUCCCACCAACCCGGCGAUGACAUCUCUGACCUUCCAGAUCAAACCGAAUUUAAAGCCGACCACCACGCCCAGAAUAGACAUCUCGCGAGCGAGCAGCUCCUCGCACCACGACAGCCGCGACAGCAGUCCCGAGAGGGAGAUAUUCGACUCUCGGGAUCCCAACAGUGCCAAACUCGGACUAGGCUUCAAGGAAGACGGCGCUCUAGACUUGAGAUCUUCCACCGAAGAGCUGGAUUUCCAAGACGUGCAAGAGAAGAAGAAGAACAAGGCCAAACCGCAGUCUCCGACCGUACAGGAGGACGCGUCCAACGUGAGGAAGGAUUCGCAAUGUUCAGACAUCAUAUUGCUGUCGAUUUCCGGCAGAACGUCACGAUUGUCUAGCAUCGGCAGCCAGGGUUCUGGUCAGAGUCGUUUGUCCAACGCAAGUCAUCUGUCAGUUAUGUCAGGCCAAUCUGGACUGUCUAGGUCGUCCUCGCCGCAUAAGAUGGUGCUGGAGACUUCAUUUUGUGGUACCAAACCUCCAGAAACAGCUAAAUCAGACGUAGAACAACCAGGGACCAAAGUUGAAUCGGAGGUAAUGGAGAAGGUGCUACUGUCGAGAAAGCACGAUCCUACCGAGGCGAUUUUAGCUGAAGGCAUAUCAGUCGCCGUCAUUGAUAAGGCGUUAAAUAAAGUACCUCCAGAGAAACCCUUACGAAAGACAGAACCACGCGUGGAAAACGUUAGGAGCGAUGUUAAAAUAAAAAUAGAUAAACCCGCAAGCGAGAGCAACAGCACGGAGAAAAUCCCGAAAAGAUUCGUUUCGGAAAGCGGGGUCGAAUACAUUUAUAUCCCUUUAAAAGGACCUUUGCCCAUCGACAAUGAAAUCCCCGUAGCAAAUGCCACAAAGCACGUAAACGUCGCGGGAAAGCAGAAACUUCGAGAGGUAAAGUCGGCCAGUUUUCAAUCUAAAACUCCACUGAUCAGUAAACCGCCAGAUGUCAAACAAAAGUCAAAAUCGACAACUCCAUCACCCGUCAUCCAAAAGAAAAUCGAUGAGCCAAAGUACAUUCGAAUUAAAUUAAAGCCCGAUUCAUGUUACGACGACGGCGGUUUCCCACUCCGAGAACUGCGUAAACCGGAUAGUUUGGAACUGGACAACGUCCCAAAUAUCGAAAAACCGAACACCUUCACGGAAAACACCUACUUACCGAGGUUGGAAAAGACAAGAAAAUCCUCCACUACACCAAACGGCAGUCCAAAACUACCUCGAGACAGCGGAAUUGCCGAGAGCAACAUAGAAAGCGUAACACCUUCUCCAUCCGUUUCAAGACGAAGUUCCUUCGCGUCGUUAUUUAAAAGCAAAGAAGCGGUCAUGAGUCCAGAAUCUCCAUCCAUUCCCGGACACAAGAGGAAAAACACUUUAACCGGCAUAUUGAGGGAAGCUAGCGACAGCUUGCGGACCAGAAGUAGAAGUAGAUCGAAAAGUAGAGACAGAGAUAGUCACAAGUCUUCAUUGUCAACGGCACCUUCCUCCACUGAGAGCAUAGACAGCAAGUCGAAGCACAAAUCCGUGUUGUCCUUGUUUAAAUCGAAUAAGAAAGACAGGAUCAAAUCUGAAUCGGAGAAUAGCUCCCAAGAGACUCUACCAAGCAUAGAAGGUAUAGGCAAAGUAGAAUUCAAAUUUAACGAACCUGGUAUCUCGAAACUAACCAAGACACAUUACGAAAACCCGUUAGAUGCCGCUAGCGUUCGUAUUCCGUUGCACUCGCCUACUUAUUACGAAGAAAGGAACGUCAGCCAAGAUUGGAAGACCUCUAGUCAAGAUUCUCAAGAGACCGUCAUUGAAGCACCCCAAGAGCCCGUGAUUAAUAAAAGCAGCGUUGUGAACAAGUACGGUAGUCGACAGAGCAGUACAAGUAGCGAGAAUGUGGUAUUUUCAACGAAACUAGGAAGCGACAAUGAGAUAUUCACCACAAAACUGCCGAAGAAGCUACCGAAGGAACCAGAAGUAAAAACGGUCGUAGAAAACGGAAUGGACUCGAACGAAAUACUCAAGAAGGAUAUCACAAUCACUAAUUUACAAAGAGAAACUCAAGACUUGAAAAACGAACGUACUGAAGACAAAACUUGCAAUAGUACCGUUACAAAAUCCAAUAGUAUUAAACUGUUAGAAUGUACUGAAAAUGAAAACCUCAAACGAAUAUCCCAGAUCUCCACCGGUGCAUUAAGUAGCGUUAGUUCCAUAGUCAGCUCGAAUGCAGAAGAAGAUCGCAACUCUUCCGAAUCCGAAAGAGAUUCCGAAGACCUGCCCAGAAGUAGAAAGGACCGCGAUCUGAAAUUAGACCUAGAUAUCUCGGAACCCGAGAGGAAAGCUAUCGUCUUUCAACAGGACUCUUUCGAGGACGAGCUGCCGUACAUACCGACCACACUGCCUUUAGAGAGGUCGGCGGCGGUGCCGAUAGUACCCAUUAAGCAACGAUCGACUUUCGAGAUAAAGACUUGCCCGAUAGAAAGACCCAGGUCGACCACCCCGAUCAAUCCCAGCUGCCUGGAGGAGUACUGCGAGGAAGUGAUGGGUUCCUUCAACGUCGAAAGCGUCACGAAAACCAUAGAAAAACUGAAAAUCUCCCUACCCAGGAACGAGUCCUUCGACGGUAGCAAGGUGAAAUCCCCGCGGAAGAAGGAAUCGAACACCAACUGGCAGGAGUUCGCGGAGAAAGGGAUAUCCGUGGCGACCCGCUCCACUCCCACGCAAGUCAGCGACACGCCGCCCCCGCUGCCCCCCAAGGGGCUGCAGAAGGCGUGGAUCAACUUCGAGGAGAUUCCGGAGAAAAGGAAGGCUCCCAAGCGGAUACAAACGAUACCCUCGAGGAGCUAUAUCGAGGUCCCGGAAAGCGUUCUGCAAGAAAGCGUGGUUUACAAUUACGUCAAUCCCGAUGAGUGUAAAUGCGAGUGCCACGAGAUCAAUGCCAAGGAGAGGGAGCGGAGAAGCAAGGAAGCCCACAUGCCUGUCCAAGAAGACGAGCUUCCGCUCCUGGAAGACGACGUUCCCGACGAGGAUAAGACCGGUGGUGAUUGUUCGGAGAGGAUGCGGCUGGAUGUCACCGUUUCAGACUGUAGGAGUAUCAUAAGUGAUUCGUCGGUGGAUCUAAGCACAAGCGUAGAUCCACAGGAUAUAAGCUGCGCCGAUGUAUCUCUACGAACCCCAUUCACCAGUGAUCUUGGAAUUUCCAGCAACAGGUCCAGCAUUGUUUCGCAGGAUGAACAUCAGUCCCCUGGAUCGCCAAAUGCCUUUCCCAAAAUUUCUUAAUUCCAGUAAUAAUUAUUAAUCAAUGAUAAUAAAUCACGAUUUCCUGUGGCCAUUUUUUUUAUUUAAGUGUUAGGUAGUCAUAUUCAAAUGUGUAUAUAAAUAUUGUUCAUUCAAUAGGAUUGAAUAUAAAUAUAUAAUUUACGAAUAAAAACCUUGCAAAUUAAUCAACUAGUAAGUGUAUUGAAAAUAUUUUUGACCAGUUUUGCCCGCUUGGAAUGUAAUGUAAUUUGGAACAAUAACCCACGUAACUUUCAUUGAUCCCAUUGAAUAAACCAGACUAACAAUGACCGAAUCGUUUUAAUAAGCCUUGUAUAUAUUGUGUAAGUAGUAAUAGUAGUUUUAAAUAAGUUAUUAAAGUUGUAACCUACAUUGUUAUUAUUGCAAUUUCUUGUU